AGAAUUCCAGCUGAGACCACAAAGGUGACUACUCGUGAGGCGGUCAAUACUACCACAACAGCUUCCACAUCCACGACAACCUCAACAGUGACAACGAGUGCCCCAACCACCACGUUUACAACGACAAUUGCAGCAACGGUUACUUCCACUCCUAUGACGACUACAACGAUGACGUUGGGUCGUUCCACCACAUCUGCACCUACGACGACUACAACCACGGCGUCAUCGACUCCUAAUAACACGUCUACAACGACGACAUCGGCACCUACGACAUCAUCUGCAACCAUGGUGCUUAUCCUGAGCCCCCUGUUAAGAACGUCUACUGCGACGGUGUCUACCACAGAUACCGGAAACUCUGAGCCUCCUCGAGAAACAACUACCAUGCCCACUUCAACUGAUUCCAUUACAGAUACAGUCGGCUCCUCGACAUAUGUUGAGACAGAGGCAUCUACCCCUACAGCUACUACCAUAACAUUUGAGAAUAGACCUUCAGAAGGACCACUGCCUGCUGUAACCACCACCGACGCCAUGCCAGACACAACUGAUCUUGAAAUGCCAACGGAAACUAGUAUUUCGCCAAGUACAACAAUCGAAAGACGUUCGGAGCCACCACAAACGACCACUAUGUCUUCUUCGACUGAAUAUUUCACUGAUUUCUUCACUCCUUCGACAGAAAUCUCAUCAGAAUCAGUUCCUACAUCAAGACCAACAACCAGGCCUUCUACUGAGCCGUCAACUGAGACCACAAAGGUGACUACUCGUGAGGCGGUCAAUACUACCACAACAGCUUCCACAUCCACGACAACCUCAACAGUGACAACGAGUGCCCCAACCACCACGUUUACAACGACAAUUGCAGCAACGGUUACUUCCACUCCUAUGACGACUACAACGAUGACGUUGGGUCGUUCCACCACAUCUGCACCUACGACGACUACAACCACGGCGUCAUCGACUCCUAAUAACACGUCUACAACGACGACAUCGGCACCUACGACAUCAUCUGCAACCGUUGUUUUGUCGACGACAACGACUACUAUAGAUCUAGGCAGCUGUCGUGCGUGCAGAAAUAUGGUAGCAGUUUCGUUGAGUCAACCUGAUUCUUAUGAUGCUAUGAUGGCUGAAGAAAACGCCACAUUAUACAUCAAUCGACGAACUCCUUUAGUCACUGGCGUAGGAUCUCACCUGGCGAAUUUUACAUGCAGUCGGAACGGCCAAUGGACCACCAGUAACGGAGUCGUGGUCAAUAAUGUGUCCUGUCUAGUACAAGAGACACCAAACGAGGUGACUUCAUAUCCGGAAAAUCCGAUCACUACUACACGGCCAACUACAACAACCACAACAACAGCUCGACCACCUGGAACA